UAGACGGAUUGCGCGUCAUCUAGCCUUCCUAAAUUUCCCCCUUCUACAGCUCGAAUCCAAAACAUCUAUCUAUCGUACGGAGUACGGGGGAAAGAUGUUUAACUCGGUGAAUCUGGGAAACUUCUGCUCCCAGACGCGCAAAGACCGGACAUCCGAGUUUGGGGACAGAACGGGCUGCGCCUCUAACAUCUACCUCCCCAGCUGCACCUACUACGUCCCCGAAUUUUCUGCCGUCUCUUCGUUUCUUCCACAGGCCUCGUCGCGGCAGAUAACCUACCCAUAUUCCACAAAUCUGUCUCAAGUGCAGCCGGUACGGGAAGUUUCCUAUGGAUUGGACCCUUCUAGUAAAUGGCACCAUAGAAGCAAUUAUGCAUCAUGCUACUCUGGAGAGGAUCUGGUGCACAGGGACUGUCUUCCGCAAUCCACCAUGACAGAAAUGCUUAUGAAAACGAACGAGAAUGUGUACAGCCACCAUAACCACCAUCCCAGCUCCAACCAUCCCUCCACAGGGUUCUACCCCGGAGUGGGGAAAAACAGCGUCCUCCCUCAAGGUUUCGACCGCUUUUUUGAGACCGCAUACUGCGGCACGGACAAUCAGUCAGCAGAUACUUGUUUACAAAAGAGCGAGGCUAGAAAGCUGGAAACAAAGUUCCAGCAGCCAGCGGCUCUACCGGGCGUCCCAGACCAAGACAAGGACACAGAGGAUGAGGAGGAACAUACAAAUUCGGGCUCGUGUUCUUCUUCAACCACCAAGGACCGCAGCGCCAGCAAGAACAGCCACUCGAGUACACCUCGCACAAGGAAGAAGAGGUGUCCAUACUCCAAAUUUCAGAUCCGAGAAUUGGAGCGGGAGUUCUUCUUUAACGUUUACAUCAACAAAGAGAAACGGAUGCAGCUUUCCCGGAUGCUGAACCUCACCGACCGACAGGUUAAAAUCUGGUUUCAGAAUCGAAGAAUGAAAGAAAAGAAAUUAAGCAGAGAUCGUUUGCAAUACUUUUCUGGAAACCCCCUAUUGUGAGCAUGUGGAGUGUAAAAGCAUAAUGAUUAUAGUCAAAUGUCAAUGACACA